GCUCUUUCAAACUCUUGUUGUCCACGCAGUGAUCCAAAAUUCCUGACCCUUUCUACUCACGGUUUCUCCUCAAGAAUUAGAAGAAACCCCCUCGUCGAGAACAAUCAUCUCUCAGUUGCGGGGGACGAUGAUGUUUCCCAUGUUGGAGAUUGCGAUGGGCCUAGCGGCUCUUAUUGUUUUUGCAGUUUUCCAUUGGAAGCUAAAAUGGAGAAACCGUUCUAACAUUGGGAAGCUUCCUCCAGGCUCCAUGGGGUUGCCAUACAUAGGAGAGACGAUCCAGUUCUUCAUUCCUAGCAGAUCCAGAGACAUGCCUCCUUUCAUAAAGAAGAGAGUUAAAAAGUAUGGAACCUUGUUUAAAACAAGCUUGGCUGGUCGUCCUGUGGUGGUAUCGUCAGAUCCAGAGUUCAAUAAAUUUGUUCUUCUCCAGGAAGGAAAGUCCGUGGAGACAUGGUACUUGGACUCCUUUUCUAAGCUUGUGGGUCAUGAUACGCAAGACUUGGAAGUCAAGACUAAUGCAACCGGGUACAUCCACAAACACCUCCGAUAUUUGAUCUUAAAUCACAUGGGUUCUGAGAGCCUCAAAGGCGAGCUUCUUCGUCAGAUUCAAGCCAUGACUGAGACAACGCUAGAUGCUUGGUCAGCUCAAGAAUUUGUAGAUGUCAAGCAUGAGUGUGCCCUGAUGAUAUUCAAGUUUACGUCAAAGCUUCUCCUAGGUUAUGAUGCUGAAAAUUCAGGAAAAAAUGUUACGGAGGAUUUCCACACUCUCAUGGAUGGCCUCAUGUCCCUUCCGAUAAACAUUCCAGGCACUGCUUUUCACAAGAGCUUAAAGAGCCAAGAGAAGCUGCUGAAUAUGAUUCGACGGAAGAUCGCCGAGAGAAUGGCUGCACCGGCAGAUGCAAGCAAAGGGGACUUCCUUGACCAUAUCAUUGGGGACAUGAAAACCCAGAGCUUUCUUUCAACUAAAUUCAUCACCUACAUAAUCAUGGUUCUCCUACUUGCCAGCUUUGAGGCCAUACCUACCACUGUAGUCAUGGCCCUUAUACUUCUUACAGAGAACCCUAAAGUGCUUCAAGAGCUGAUUAAGGAAAAUCAGGAAGCCCUUCAUAAUAGAAGGAUUUCGGGCGCAGAAGGAAUAACGUGGGAGGAAUAUAAAUCAAUGCCAUACACUCUGCAUGUGGUCAAUGAAUCACUCAGAUUGGCCAGCAAUAUCCCCGGUGUUAUGAGAAGAGCAAUUAAAGACAUUGAAUGGAAUGGAUAUGUAAUUCCGAAAGGUUGGACCAUUGUCCUUAGUCAAGUGGGGCUACACCUAAACCCGGAAGUGUAUGAAGAUCCCCUAGCCUUUAAUCCAUCUCGAUGGGAGCAAAUGGAUAGAGCAAACGUCGUGGGAAGAUAUUAUAUACCCUUUGGUGGGGGAGGAGGCCAUGUGCUGGAGCUGAAUUCACCAGAGCUUUCUGUGCAGUAUUUCUCCAAGUUUUCGUGACCAAAUACCGGUGGACAAAGGUGAGGGGAGGAGAAAUCAUUCGCACUCCUUUUUUAAAGAUUGGAGGUGGUUUUGAUAUCAAGGUCUCCAAGAUACAAGGAUAAGCGCUCACGGCACAGCCCUGUUGUGAAAUAUACGUUCUCUCGACUAUAGAUUGUCGAAAUAAGAUAUUGUGGAAGCUAGUUAAGGAUUAAAUUUAGCCAUAUGGUCUCCGGUUUAUGAG